CACGUUUUAUGUGGGACAGCUGCGUUUGACUUUAAGUAGACAUGAGAGCUGAGAGUGAGUGUCACCGAGAAUUGAAAGAAGGAAGGAAAGAAAGAAGCGCGUUACUGAUCCCUGAAACAAUGUCGACUCUGAGAAUUCCUCAACCUGUUCCUCCGGUUGCCGAUGACUGCGAGCAGCUCCGCAAGGCCUUCGCGGGAUGGGGAACUAACGAGGAUUUGAUCAUAUCGAUCUUGGGUCAUCGAAAUGCUGCUCAGAGGAAGCUGAUUCGAGAAACUUAUUUUGAGACUUAUGGAGAAGAUCUCCUCAAAGCCUUGGACAAGGAGCUCAGCAAUGACUUCGAGAGGCUGGUACUUCUUUGGACACUUGAUCCUGCUGAGCGAGAUGCGUUUUUGGCGAACGAAGCAACCAAAAGAUGGACUUCAAGCAAUCAGGUUUUGAUGGAAAUAGCUUGUACCAGGUCCUCUGACCAAUUGCUUUUCGCAAGGAAGGCUUAUCAUGCUCGUUAUAAGAAGUCUCUCGAGGAGGAUGUUGCUCAUCACACAACUGGGGAGUUCCGUAAGCUCCUACUGCCUUUGGUUAGUUCGUAUCGCUACGAAGGGGAUGAAGUGAACCUGACUCUAGCAAAAACUGAGGCAAAAUUACUGCAUGAGAAAAUUUCCAAGAAAGCUUACAGUGAUGAUGAACUUAUCAGGAUUUUGGCCACAAGGAGCAAACCACAGAUAAAUGCUACUUUGAAUCACUAUAAAGAUGAAUUUGGAAAAGAUAUCAACAAGGAUCUGAAAGCUGACCCAAAGGAUGAGUUCCUGGCUCUACUGAGAUCCACUGUCAAGUGCUUGGUCCGUAGCGAGAGGUACUUCGAGAAGGCUGCUCGUUUGGCCAUCAACAAACGUGGAACCGAUGAGGGGGCACUUACAAGAGUGGUGGCUACCAGGGCCGAGAUUGACUUGAAAAUAAUAGCAGAUGAGUAUCAGAGGAGGAGCAGCGUCCCUCUUGAUAAGGCCGUCGCCAAGGACACCACCGGAGACUACGAGAAAAUGCUUUUGGCGAUCUUAGGACAUGAUGAUGUUUGAGGUCUUUGUGGCAGCGGUUAUUAUGUUGUGAUAAUGCUUAAUUUGAUGGUUAAAGACUUAAAUGCUGCUUUGUUUUUAUGGCGAUGGUUGUCUUGCUAUGCUAAAUAAAAAGACAACAAUGUAGGUGGUUUUGGUUGGGAUUGUGAAGGAUGCCCUUAGAAUUCAUGGUGGGGUGAUCUUGAAUUCUUAAGGGUCAAAGGUUUAUGAACUCAAUGUGGUUAUUCUGUUGGCGUCAGUAAAUGUUUCUUCUCCCGUCUCCUAA